AUGAUGUCAACUAUUGUUGAAAGUAAACGUAAAAAAGCUACAUUACUUCUCGAUAAUUUUCGUUACACCCAAGAUAAAAUUAUAAAUACAACGAUUUAUUGGAAAUGUGAAAAUCGCUCUUGUCCUGGUCGUGCUAUUCAAUAUGAUUUGAAUCCACCAUUUAUCAAGAAGCCACAUAAUCAUGAAGGUGAUGAAAUUAAAUGCAAAGUCGAAGAGUUUAGAAUGAAUUUGAAACGACGUAUUGAGGAUUCACCACAACCAGUUAAAAAGAUUUAUAGAGAAGAAAUAAUAUCAUUGUAUACCCCACGGAAAAAUUUUUUGUUAAUCGAAAUGCAAGAUUAA